AUGUCAAAAGUGGUCACUAACAAGGAGAAGAAAUCCUUCAGCAAGAAGCUGUUCCGGAGGAGCUCGGUCCGCUCGGUGGGCAGCUUUAUGAACAGAGUUCUCCGGACUCUCUCCACUUUGUCACAUUUUAGUACAGAUGAGCAGGCCGCCCGCGAUGACAAGGAUGACGCCUCGUCCAUCCCCACUACCACUGGUGGGUCACUCCAGUCUGAUGACAGUGACUGUGGGGGGUUCCCCUUUGGUGACAAGGUGCCAGGCGUUGCCGGGCUGAAGAACCACGGCAACACCUGCUUCAUGAAUGCCAUCCUGCAGUGCUUGAGCAACACAGAGCUCUUCGCUGAGUACCUGGCCUUAGAGCAGUUUCGGGGAGAAGGAGGCGGAGGAUCCGAGGCCGGAAGCGGUGCUGAUUCAAAGGCGAGUAAGUCCAAUGGGGUCGUGGUGCAGAAGAAGUCCAGCCAGCAGCAGCAGGAGGAAUCUGGAGAGGUGACAGAGCAGCUCUCCGGUCUGGUCCGAGCUCUCUGGACCUUUGAGUACACACCUCAACACAGCAGAGACUUCAAGAAUGUGGUGUCAAAGAGCGCCCUUCAGUUCAAGGGCAACUCCCAGCAUGACGCCCAGGAAUUCCUCCUGUGGCUGCUGGAUCGAGUUCACGAAGACCUCAACAACAUCAUCCAUCCUGACGUCAGACCCCCGAGGACGCCUCCAGUGGAAAACGAAAACGCCCCUGGAGAAUCUCCACUCCCAGCGCCUGGCUCUUUUGUGCAGGAGCUUUUCCAGGCACAAUACAGAUCCUCCCUGACGUGUCCUCACUGCCAGAAACAGAGUAACACUUUUGAUCCUUUCCUCUGCAUCUCACUGCCAAUCCCUGUGCCUCACACCCGGCCCUUGUAUGUAACAGUCGUGUACCAGGGCAAGUGCUCACACUGCAUGCGGGUCGGGGUGGCCGUGCCUCUGUCUGGUACCGUAUCAAGGCUUAGACAAGCUGUGGCGCAGGAGACUAAAAUCCCUUCUCAACAGAUUGUCCUGACCGAGAUGUACUACGACGGUUUCCAUCGCUCCUUCUGCGAUGAUGACGACGACCUGGAGAUCAUCCAGGAGAGUGACUCCAUCUUUGCCUUUGAAACUCCAGAGCUCUUCAGGCCCGAUCAGAUCCGCUCCAAGCGAGGCGGGAGUCCACAUGCCAAUCUCAACCAAAACAACUUAAAGUACAGCACGGAUAACAACCGGUUAUCCCCACAAAUCCAGGAGCCCGCAACUCCACCUCUAAGCCCCAAUAAGAACACGGGGCAGGAUGAGAAGGUGGUGUUGUUGGUGUGCAACAGAGCUUGUGCUGGCCAGCAAGGACGCAGAUUUGGGAAUCCUUUUAUCCUUUACCUGGAGCGUACAGUCACAUGGGAUGUUCUCCAGAAGGAAAUUCUGGAGAAGAUGCGUCAUCUUUUACGUCCUGGUGCCGUAGUACAGGUGGGGCCCUUCACGUUACGUGUGGUCGGCGUUGUCGGGAUCACAUAUCUCCUCCCUCAAGAGGAACAACCGCUAUGCCAUCCUUCUGUGGAGAGAGCAUACAAGUCUUGUGGUCCUGGUGGGCCACCUCAUGUCAAAAUUGUUGUGGAAUGGGACAAGGAGACAAAAGAUUAUCUGUUUAAAAGAACUGAGGACGAAUACAUCCCUGACGCUGAAAGUGUCCGUCAAGUGAAGGAGCAGCACCUCCAGCCUCAGACCUGCUCACUCGCUCAGUGCUUUCAGCUCUACACCAAAGAGGAACAGCUUGCUCCUGAUGACGCCUGGCGAUGUCCACACUGUAAGCAGCUUCAGCAAGGCAGCAUCAAACUGAGCUUGUGGACACUGCCUGACAUCCUCAUCCUUCACCUCAAACGUUUUCGACAGGACGGGGAUCGGCGCAUGAAAAUGCAAAACAUGGUGAAAUUCCCACUGACAGGCAUGGACAUGGCGCCGCACAUGGUGAAGAGGAGCCAAAGCAGCUGGAGUCUACCCUCGCACUGGUCGCCGUGGAGACGGCCUUACGGGUUAGGUCGGGAUCCUGAGGAUUACCUUUACGACCUUUACGCCGUGUGUAACCAUCACGGGACGAUGCAGGGAGGACAUUACACAGCUCAGUGCAAGAACUCAAUUGACGGGCAGUGGUAUUGCUUUGACGACAGCGACGUUCAUCCAAUAUCAGAAGAGGACGUCUGCAAGCAGACUGCUUACAUUUUGUUUUAUCAGAGACGUGCCACCAUUCCAUCUUGGUCCGCAAACAGUUCUGUGGGAGGAUCUACGAGUUCAUCCCUGUGUGAGCACUGGAUCAGCCGUUUGAUGGGAAGCCGUCCACCGAGUCAAGCCUCGUCCGGUUCCUCCAGACGAACAUCGCUGGCGUCGCUGUCUGAGUCAGCUGAAUUUGCUGGUGAACGGAGCGAGGAUGACGGCUGCCGACCUGUAGUGAGAGGCAUGCAAAGGCAGACAUUCUCCUCGAGAACGUCCAUCGCUAGUCCACUAGUUCUCAGCGAGAACGGCCAGAAGCCUUCUUGGCCUCACUCUGCCAAGCUGCAACUCCGCUCUAACUCUCCCUCACGCUUUUCUUUGGAAUCUCACUCCUCUUCGCCAACAUUGGAAAUGAUUGGAGAGGUGGUUGAUACCAAUCUCUCGACGUCCUGCUUCAAUGGGUCCCCUAGGAUCGCAGGUAAGUCGGCCCUCGCAGCUUUGGAUCAUAAUCCUGGCAGUAAGCGGCUGAUAGAGCAGCUACACCCCAAAGCAUCGUCACAGGCCGAGCAGAGAAGUUUGUUGCAAGCUGGAGAUAACAACAAUCUAGUCAGCGGUGCUGAACAAAUCAGUCCUAGACAUGGGGCGACUCCAAAGGAGCAGAAGCAAAGAAAUGUGGCCACAGAUGGUACAGGUGGCAAACGGACCUCAAAGACCGGGGCUGAGAGUGAAAGGAGCCCCAAAAAGCGUCCCGCCGCCUCCUCCACAUCGUCCAGCUCUUUGUCUCCUGCGUCCCCAGCUGUUGCUAAGUCACCGGCUCGAGUUCAGGCCAAGGGCGCCGCAUCUAAUUCAAAGGAUAAGAGUGAUGGACCGACAAAAGUCAGUAGGGCUGGUUCCUCAAGAACGGCAACACCGUCUAAAAAAGGCUCAUCCCAAACACAGGAGGGGUUACAUCCUGACUCAGCCCAACAGAGGAAGAGCGGUUCCCCAGGAAGUUUGCACCCUCCGAGAAGGACAACGCUCAAAGGAGGCGGUGAUAAAAGCUCGGCUUCGGCAAGGACUAAAGGGGCGGAAAGGAGUGCGAGUCGGGAUUCGUCAAGGACCAACGCGUUAUCGGAGAAGAAGGUUAACAACGGCGGUCCUCCGUCCAGGUCAGGUGUCGGUAGUCGAGCGGAGGGCAGGGCAGGACGAGCUCUGGAAAACAGGACUGUUGCCCGAAGCUCAAGCAGUAGCUCUUCCAUGACCAGCCUGCGAUCUUCGAGCGUGCUACCUCCGUCUGCCACUCUGUCGUCAAAAGCCCCUCGAAGGAACAGUAAGACUGAAGACAAAGCGCUGUCGUUCUUCAAAACUGCCUUGAGGCCCAAAGACACCCGCAAGUCGGAUGGCGGGAAAACGGGAGCCACAGAUCCAAAGGGAAAUCUAGAAGAUAGUGGAGAUCCGGCGAAAGAUGGCGCUAGCAAGAAACUCCAGAACUCAACUGCAGAACCUACCGCAGCUAAGGACAAAGAAUCCACCAAAGGUUCUGCUGCAGCCAGACAUUCAAUCAUGCCCUCCACCAAAUCCAAACUUUCAGAAACAACCAACCAGGGUUCUACGAAAGAACCCUCAAAGAAAGAACCUGUUAAAAAGAUCAUGCCGUCCAGGAAAAUCCCCAUCAACUCCACACAAUCAAGCCAGAGGUCCAAAUGA